GUUUCCCUAACUCUAAUUGGCCUGCAUAUAUGUGGUGGUUCCAUUAUUGGAUAUAAAUAUGUUUUGACUGCAGCUCAUUGUUUUGUAAACCUAACUCACCCGGGAAAAAAAAUACAAUUAGAUAUUUUGGGGGUAAGAAGUCACACAAUAGAUUCGCAAUAUGGAGGACAGCUACAUGGUGUUGAAAGACUAUGGAUUCACCGUUACUACAACAGUUUUGAUCCGGCUUCACUUCAUGAUGUCGCAAUACUUAAGCUGAAACGGCCCGUUCAAUUUGACGCCGAACAAACAUGGAUUGCUCUUCAACAAUAUCCGAUAGGAAGUGGUCAUAGUGUAUUAAGUGUUGGUUGGGGAUAUACUGAAGAUCAUCCUCGUCUCACCAGUAGAAAAUUGAAAAAGGUAUCUUUGAAUACAAUGGAGGCUUCAGUUUGUGAAAACUAUUUGCGAGACAGAGUUUGGAUGGGUCGAAUUUGCACAGUUGCACCAAGAGGACAAGGUCUUUGCAAUGGCGACAGUGGCGGUCCGUUGAUCACCAGAGACGGAAAAUUGGUUGGACUUGUUUCAUGGGGAAUCCUUUGUGCUCUUGGUAAUCCAGAUGUUUUCACCCAGGUUCCUCUAUAUUAUGAAUAG